AUAUGAGAGCGAACUAGUCGGGCCGAAUUUUAGUGCAGAAGAAUUGCGUCCACACGACUUUUUCGUGUAUUAAAAAUCGACGAUUUGAUAACGCCGAAGACAAAGUGUUGAGAGUUGGAGAAGUAUCCUCUUAUCAAGUUUUCAUUUCAAUUUAUCCACAAGCUUUUAUCGUUCCAAGUACGUUUCUUCAUCAAGAAAUAGACCUUCAUCAUGAGGACAUAAUUCCGAUGUUAGUUAGAACAGAUUGAUGAAAAUGGAUGAGCUAGAACGGCUUGAACACUUGUCCCUUGUAUCCAAAGUGUGUACAGAACUGGACAACCAUCUUGGACUUAAUGAUAAAGACCUAGCUGAAUUCAUCAUCAGCCUUGCCGAGAAGCAUGACACCCUUGAAGCCUUCAAGUCGGUGCUUUCGGAGAAUGGGGCGGACUUCCCAGAAUCCUUCACCAGCAAUCUCCUCCGUCUCAUCCAGCACAUGAAGCCCAAGAAGGCGCGGAAAGAAGAUGAAGCGGAGCCGGAGACCAAAGAUGACAAGAAGAGACAGGCCUUUCCUGGACUGUGUAUCCCAGAUAAACCAGAAGUCAGGGAAAUGUUGGCAGAAGACGAGCAGAUUGCCCUGGAUGCCAUGGAUGAAUUAGAAGCUCUCAUGCCUAAACAUCAAGGAACACACGUGAAGAAAGAAGGGAGCGAUGAAAGAGAUUCAAAGAAGUCCCGUAAGGACGAUAGCAGGACGAGGAGUAGAAGCAGGAGUCCUGAUUCAGACAAAGCCCGCAAGCACAAACAUAAACACAAAGACAGAGAUAGGGACAGAGAUAGAGAUAGAGACAGAGAUAGAGACAGAGAUAGGAGAAGACGACGCUCAAGAUCUCGUAGCCGCGACCGUGACAGGAAGCGCAGCAGGAGCCGCGAUCGUAGCCGCAGGCACAGGAGUCGAAGCAGGAGCAGGGAACGUAGCGAUAAGCGGAAAUACCGUGAUCGUGACGACGGGAAAGACGCGGAAGUGGACUCUCGGAAGGAGAAGUACAAUGAUAAAUUUGUGGACAGACCGCCCUCGCUUGAGCCGGAGGUUGGGGAAGUCUAUGAGGGCAAAGUGACUAGCGUUAUGCAGUAUGGUUGUUUUGUUCAGCUUUCCCUGAGAAGACGAUGUGAAGGCCUGGUGCAUAUAUCAGAGCUGAGGAGAGAAGGGAGGGUUGCCGAUGUCAGCGAUGUCGUGUCAAGAGGUCAGCAGGUCAAGGUCAAAGUUCUCUCCAUCGCAGGGACCAAGAUCAGACUUUCAAUGAAAGAUGUCGAUCAGGCCUCGGGAGAGGACUUGAACCCAGUCAAGGCAAAGAGUGCCCCUGAAGCAAUUGAGGAAGAGGGUAUGAACCCUUACCGACCUGCUGACCUGCCGUUGAUCAACGCUCCAGACUCUGAUGAUGUAGCCAUCAGGAAAAGAGUCCAGAGGGUAACUUCUCCUGAGAAGUGGGAACUUAAACAGAUGAUGGCGGCAAGUUGCAUUGACAAAGCUGAUUUCCCUGACUAUGAUGACACCACUGGUAUCCUCCCAAAGGAUGAAGAUAACUCUGAUGAGGAGAUCGAGAUUGAACUGAGGGAAGAGGAUCCGCCCUUCCUCAGGGGUCAUGGGCGCCAGAGUGUCGAUCUCAGCCCAGUUAGGAUUGUGAAGAAUCCUGAUGGGACCUUAUCCAAGGCUGCUAUGAUGCAGAGCGCCCUCGCUAAGGAGAGACGAGAGAUGAAGCAAGCAACGGAGAGAGCUGAAGCUGAGAACAUCCCUACAGGAAUGAACAAGAACUGGAUCGACCCCAUGCCUGAGAGUGAACGCACUCUGGUUGCCAAUAUCCGUAAGACUGGUAUGACCAGUCAGGAGUUACCAGAGUGGAAGAAAUCAGCCUUCGGUGGAAACAAGGCUUCCUACGGAAAGAAAACUAAGCUGUCCAUUGUAGAACAGAGGCAGAGUUUACCUAUUUAUAGACUCAAGAAAGAGCUGGUACAGGCUGUGGAUGAAAAUCAAAUCCUUAUUGUCAUUGGAGAGACAGGGAGCGGAAAGACCACUCAGAUCACACAGUACAUUGCCGAAGCGGGCUACACGAUCAGGGGUAAGAUCGGAUGCACCCAGCCCCGUCGUGUGGCUGCCAUGUCCGUAGCCAAGAGGGUGGCAGAAGAAUUUGGGUGCAGACUUGGCCAAGAGGUGGGUUACACCAUGCGUUUCGAGGACUGCACCUCUCCGGAGACCAAAGUCAAGUACAUGACGGACGGUAUGCUGCUGAGGGAGUGUCUAAUAGACCCGGAUCUCACCCAGUACUCGGUCCUCAUGUUAGACGAGGCUCACGAGAGGACCAUUCAUACCGACGUCCUCUUUGGACUGCUCAAGAAAGCUGUGAAGAAGAGACCCGACCUCAAGCUCAUUGUGACCUCGGCUACCCUGGACGCUGUCAAGUUCUCUGCCUAUUUCUUUGAAGCUCCCAUCUUUACCAUUCCUGGUCGUACAUUCCCUGUGGAAAUUCUCUACACCAAGGAUCCAGAGACGGACUAUUUGGAUGCAUCCCUCAUCACCGUCAUGCAGAUACAUCUUACAGAACCCCCAGGUGACAUUCUGCUCUUCCUCACCGGUCAAGAGGAGAUUGACACGGCUUGUGAGAUCCUGUUUGAGAGGAUGAAAUCCCUUGGUCCUGAGGUCCCCGAAUUGAUCAUUCUUCCCGUGUACUCUGCCCUUCCUAGUGAGAUGCAGACCAGGAUCUUUGAUCCCGCUCCUCCAGGGAGUAGGAAGGUUGUGAUUGCCACCAACAUUGCUGAAACCUCAUUGACCAUCGACGGUAUCUACUAUGUGGUUGAUCCAGGAUUUGUCAAGCAGAAGGUGUACAACUCCAAGACUGGCAUGGACCAGCUGGUCGUGACCCCUAUCUCCCAGGCUCAGGCCAAGCAGAGGGCAGGCAGGGCCGGCAGGACAGGUCCUGGCAAGUGCUACCGCCUCUACACGGAGCGUGCCUACAGAGACGAGAUGCUCCCCACCGCGGUGCCAGAGAUCCAGCGCACCAACUUGGCUAGUACCCUUUUGUCGCUGAAAGCCAUGGGCAUCAAUGACCUUCUGGCGUUUGAUUUCAUGGAUGCCCCGCCCACGGAGACGUUGAUCACGGCUAUGGAGCAGCUUCAUUCGCUGAGUGCGCUGGAUGAUGAGGGACUGCUUACAAAGCUGGGCAGGAGGAUGGCUGAGUUUCCGCUAGAGCCCAUGCUGUCCAAGGUGUUGAUCAUGUCUGUUCAUCUUGGUUGCAGCGAAGAGACCCUGACAGUGGUGUCUAUGCUGUCCGUACAGAAUGUCUUCUACAGACCUAAGGACAAGCAAGGUCUGGCUGACCAACGUAAGGCCAAGUUCCACCAGCCUGAAGGAGAUCAUCUGACCCUCCUAGCCGUCUACAACUCCUGGAAAAACAACAAGUUCUCCAACCCCUGGUGCUUUGAGAACUUUGUCCAGGCCCGCACCCUACGCAGAGCCCAGGACGUCCGCAAGCAGCUCCUCGGGAUCAUGGACAGGCACAAGCUUGAUGUGGUGACCUGCGGUAAGAACACAGCCAGGGUACAGAAAGCUAUAUGCAGUGGAUUCUUCAGGAAUGCAGCCAAGAAGGACCCCCAGGAGGGUUAUAGGACACUUGUUGACAGUCAAGUUGUCUAUGUUCAUCCUUCAAGUGCUCUCUUCAAUAGACAACCAGAUUGGGUGAUUUACCAUGAGCUUGUGCUGACAACCAAGGAGUACAUGAGAGAGGUGACCACGGUGGACCCCAAGUGGUUUGUAGAGCUGGCUGCUUCCUUCUUCCGCUUCUCCGACCCGACCAGACUCAGCAAGGCCAAGAAACAACAACGUCUGGAGCCGCUCUACAACAAGUACGAGGAGCCCAACGCAUGGAGGAUCUCCAGGCAGAGAUUGCGUAGGAACUGAGCAGGGUAGUGUGUUGCCUUUCUUAGGGAUGAGGCUUCUGUCGGUCAUGGGCUGACAUGAAAAUAUACAGAUGGGACUGAACACAUGUAGAAGCCCUGAGAAUGGGAAUCAGCAUCGUCUUGAACCUCUCUACAACAAAUACGAGGAGCACAAGCUUGGGGAAUCUCCAGGCUGAGGUUAGAACUGGACAAGGUAUUGUUGUCUUUCUUUGAUACCAGGCUGUGUUUGGUCAGAAGCUUACAUGAAAAUAUACAGAUGGGACUGAAGAAUUCUGGAAGCCCUUAUGAGACAGUGGGACAUACCAAAAGCUUCUCUGUGACGACUAGACUAAGCAAGGCCAACAAACAAUGUCUGGAACCUGUCUACAACAAGUAUGAAAAGCCAAAUGCUCAGAGAAUCUCCAGACGAUUGAGGCUUCUAUCAGACAUCAGCUCACAUGAAAAUAUGCAGAUGGGACUGAAGAAAUGUGGAAGCCCAUAUCAAAUGAUGUAAGAAGAACUGAUAGAGUUGAAAUCAAGCACCAUCAGUCUGGCCUCAGGUAGUGAUGUAAAAUGAUCUUCGUAUCAUUAGCUGUCAGUGAACCUCAUCAUGACUCAUUGCUAUCGUAACUGAAUUGAUCAUGGUAGUGUGAUGUGACCCUUGUGAGGCUAAUGUCAGUCACUUGUAAGCUUUCAUGAAAAUAUGCAGGUGGGACUGAAGAAAUAUGGAAGCCCUUCAAAAAAAAACUUUCAAAGCCUUAAUAUAAGAACUUGGAAGACAAUGAGAGAUGACAUCAAACUGGGCUAAUGCAGGGAUCUUUGCUUCUCCAAGUUGCCAUGAACUGUCAACAUACAUGUGUGGACUAAAGCAGACUUGAAGAUUUUUAGUCAGAUUCAUAGAUUCUUUGUGUGCAGUAUUUGUAGAACUCAACUAGGGAAUGAAGACUCUAAAUUCUCACGGAGGUUUCUUAGAGCCCACAGAGCCAUGGAAGCAUGACCUUGGUAGCAAACGUGUGUUGCUGAUUUCAGAUAUUCUAUGCUAUUUUUUUCAGGUAUUCCUAUUCACACAUUGUCUGCUGGAACUAGGCGCUCCCUGUAAAUAACAUAUGGAAAUUACAGAAGUCAGUACUCACAUGAUUAAAAUGAAAAUAUUUUUUUUCCUUCUUCUUCAUUCAACAACCAGAGAAAUACUUCAAGAAAUCAACUAUUUUGUCAUUAUUUUUUAACACUUUAAUUUCAAAACCUACAGUGUAAGAAAGAAUUGGGCCAUUGCUACUUGACCUGUUUUCACAAAAUUAUGCAGAUUAAUUGAAUUGACAGGAAAACAGAUUAAAAACAAUUUACCUUUCUGCAUACAUUUUAUGUUAGGGCUGAAAUAUUGCCCAGGGCAAGUUUAUUCUUACUGAUUCUUUUAUUUAUGGCCUGUUUUUGUCCAAUUGAUAUAUUUUAUCAGGAGUCCAAGUCAAUCCUACUUUCUUACUCUAUUUACCGAAGAGCAGAACUUAGUGUUGAUCAUGACGUUGGUUCAUGUUUUACUAUUUAUUCAUUGUUAAAUUUUUAUGAUAAAUUUUUACUUUUUGAUUCAUGUGCUUUUUUGAGUUCUUGAAAUAUUUACAAAAAUUAAUAAUGGUGUAUGAUAACAAACUUUCAAAUAAAGAAGUAAUCAAAUUUGGAUCGCAAUUUACCUCAUAGCAUUGGCAAACUUUUUAAGUAAUAAGUAAUCUUGGGCCCAUUUGAUAAAUACCUACAACAAUGGUGAAUGUGCCAUUAUUGUAACUACCGUCCGUCAACAAUUUUACAUGACAGGCGCAUAGGCUGUGAUAAAUGUAUAAAAUCUCAUAUUUCACAAAGAAUAUUUCAAUUGUCUAUUUGUAAAAUACUGUGUCAAGAUGAAAUUAAAGUGAAAGUAAACUCACUAAA